ACAGUACAUUAUUCAAAACAAAGAACAGCUGUAGCUUUUUGUAUUUUUGAUUUUUUUUAAAUUUUAUAAAUAAUUAAUAUAAAUGACCAGAUUAAAACCUUUAAUCUCAGUUAUUAGGCCCGGUUUAAUUUCAUAUCAAACCGGUUUGCAGUUACAACAGAAAUUGACACAACAACCUAAUGAGCCCUUUAAGGAAUUUCGUAACUUUUUGGUGCUGCAGGAAUUUCAUCCCGUUUACACCAUAGGCAUACGCACCAAAGGCUAUAGCGAACAAGAUGAAAUUCAGUUGCGUAAACUGGGGGCAGAAUUUUAUCGCACCAAUCGUGGUGGUUUAAUCACUUUUCAUGGACCUGGUCAAUUAGUGGCUUACCCACUGCUACAUUUAAAACAAUUCAAACCCAGUAUGCGUUGGUAUGUUGCUAGUUUGGAACAAACAGUUAUAGAAUGUUGCGAAAGUAUGGGUAUUAAUAAUGCCACAACAACACAGGAUACCGGUAUAUGGGUAAAUGAUCAUAAAAUAUGUGCCAUAGGAGUACAUGGUUCGCGUUAUGUUACUACUCACGGUAUAGGUUUUAACUGUUGUACCGAUUUGUCUUGGUUCGAACAUAUAGUGCCAUGUGGAAUAGAAGGCAAAGGCGUAACCUCCCUAUCAAAAGAACUUCAACGUCAUGUAACGACCACAGAAGCUGCAAAUGUCUUACUUAAAACUUUUUCAAAAGUUUUCGAUUGUGAUGUGGCGGAAUGUAAUGAACAGGAAUGUCAUGAAUUAUUGGAAAACUCUUUAAAAACGUAAUGUUAUUAUAACGAAUUGCUUACUUUAAGACCAAAGAUAUGGCCAAUAGAAAAAUACACUUUUUUAAAUUGUU